CAAGUAACACGGUGCAACCAGCAGUGGAUGAGAGAGAAAAAAGCUAUUUAGAGACCCGAGACACUUGCUUUGCAUAUGCCUCUGUCUGAGGUUUGCAGGACACUGCCAUUCUUAACGAGUGUAUAUGCUAAGCUCUUUGAAAUGUGAGUAUUAUGGGAAGGAUCACAGUUGCUUUAAAUUAUGGAAGUUGGCAAGUGCCUGGAAGAAGGAGUGGGAGGCUGUCUAAACUGAGAAAGACAGUUGCAAAACUUCGUACAACAGCAUGAGCUCCAAGCUUCAAACGCAUUCUCGUGUUCAGGCGAGCACUUCAUUUUUCACCAAGUUGUUUUCUUGCAUUGUCCUGGAGCAGCUUUGAACAAUAAUCCUAUUUUGGCUUUAAACAUUUUAAUGGUUUCUAAAUUCAUGGGACAACCAAAGAAAGAAAGCCUCAUGUUCUGGAGAAAAGUUUGAUACCAGCAAUGCCCAGAAAAGGAAAAGAGACAAAGCUUCUCAUUACCAAGCUCGGUUUGUAUAAGCAAGAGAGAGCCGGCGCCGAGCCUGCAGAGGCAGAGGGGCCUCCUACCAAGACUCAACCCUCAAAGUGACACCUUGAGCCUCACUAAAUCCAGAUUCCACGUGGGCCUCAGUUUCUGUGCUGUCAAAUGGAAAAAGAGCCAAAGAUGUUUGUGUUGCUCUAUGUCACAAGUUUUGCCAUAUGUGCAAGUGGACAACCUCGGGGUAGUCAGGUCAAAGGAGAGAGCUACUCCCCGAGAUAUAUCUGUAGCAUUCCUGGCUUACCUGGACCUCCAGGACCCCCUGGGGCAAACGGUUCCCCUGGGCACCAUGGUCGAAUCGGCCUUCCGGGAAGAGAUGGCAGAGAUGGCAGGAAAGGAGAGAAAGGUGAAAAGGGAACUGCAGGUUUGAGAGGCAAGACGGGGCCGCUGGGUCUUGCUGGUGAGAAAGGGGACCAAGGAGAGCGUGGAAAGAAAGGACCCAUAGGACCAGAGGGACAGAAAGGAGAAGUAGGUCCAGCCGGGCCUCCUGGGCCGAAGGGAGACCGAGGAGACCAAGGGGACCCAGGACUGCCUGGCGUGUGCAGAUGUGGGAGUAUUGUACUCAAAUCCGCCUUUUCUGUGGGCAUCACAACCAGCUACCCGGAAGAAAGACUACCUAUUAUAUUUAACAAGGUGCUCUUCAACGAGGGGGAGCACUACAACCCCGUGACCGGCAAGUUCAUCUGUGCCUUCCCCGGGAUCUACUACUUCUCUUACGACAUCACACUGGCCAACAAGCACCUGGCCAUCGGGCUGGUCCACAACGGCCAAUACAAGAUAAAGACCUUCGAUGCCAACACAGGGAAUCACGAUGUGGCUUCCGGGUCCACAGUCAUCUACCUGCAGCCAGAGGACGAAGUCUGGCUGGAAAUUUUCUUCACAGACCAAAACGGCCUCUUCUCAGAUCCAGGGUGGGCGGACAGCUUGUUCUCCGGAUUCCUCCUCUAUGUGGACACAGAUUAUCUAGAUGCCAUAUCAGAAGACGAUGAGCUGUGAUCUGCACCGCAGACCUGAAUGUGCCAGGAUCACUGUGGCCGACACUUUGAUUCACUUGGAGUGCAGGGAGGUGAAACAAGAGAGGAGGGGGUUGAAGGGGCUCCCAGUGGGACCCCAGAGCAUCGCGAGACGAUUCUGGCAGAAUGUUUGGAAACAAGACAAACCACCAGACAACUGCAACCACACCAAUGCAAACUAUAUCCAGCAACCCAAGAUAUGAAUUCUCAUGAAACUUAUGUUUGUAAAUAUUUAGACAAAGACAGUGUUAACAAAAAUUUUAUUAAGUGCCCUUAGUGAUAAAACCAGCUGACAAUGAUACUGCCUCAUUAAAUCUUCAUAGAAUUAUAUUUUUGUCUGUUAUUUAAGAGAACAACCAUGUCCCAAGACUUUGACAAUUCUCAAAAGGCUACAAUAAGUCAAAAUACAAAUGUAAGAGAUGCUAUUUUCAACUAAAUUAAAGCGAACUGAAAAAGUG